GCAGACUGGAGGUCUACUGCGGACUCAGUCGGAGCAGCCGAUACUGAGAAAUAGGUGGGAAAAGUUGUUGCUAACUAGCUGUCGGAGUGGACACGGAGGACGGAGAGACGUUACUGGAGUUUUUAAAGCCCAGCAGUUCAGCCAGUCAGACAUGAGGAGCCCUCCAGGCCUGGGUCGCUGAGCAGCCGAGGUCAGAGUUCAAACACUUGUUCCGGCAGUCAUGGCUGAUAGAGAGGGGGUGUCCACCGCCCCGGGCCACGUCUACAUCGAGGUGGAGUACGACUACGAGUACAAGGCCAAAGACAAGAUGGUGUCCAUCCGGCAGGGAGAGUGCUACAUGCUGGUGAAGAAGACCAACGAGGAUUGGUGGCAGGUGAGGAAGGAGGAGGGCACGAAGGCCUUUUAUGUACCGGCGCAGUACGUCAGGGAGGUGCGCCGGGCCCUCAUGCCUCCCCAAAAGCCUACGUUGAGGGCCAAGCCCACUGUUUUGGAUAUCUGCCGGGCAUCCAAUGAGAACCUCAACAGGCCUCAGCCGGAAAUGUCCAGCUUCGGGCGUCCGUCGCCCUCCUCCACCCCGUCGCCAUCUUCCGACCGGGUCACGCCGCCGGCUCUGCCCAAGGAUGCUAACCAGAACGUGGGGAGCCCCCGCCACUGCAAGGUGGUAGCUGAACUGGUGCUCCUUCACAACAACAACAACCAUCACCUCGCCAACAAUUCCACGUUGCCUCGGACGCGGGCCGACUCGCCUCCGCUCAAAGUCGGGAACAACCACAACAAAAGUCCGGACAGUGACAAGGCCUCUCCGCCGGGCGACCUGCCAGGAGAUGGGCUUAACAAGCUCCGCAACGACUCGGAGUCGGGGGAUGAGCUGAGCAGCAGUUCAACGGAACACAUGCAGACAACAUCGCCAACAGUUCAGGGCCGGUCUGACUCACCGGUGUACACUAACCUCCAGGAACUGAAGAUCUCUCAGUCCAGCCUGCCGCCCGUCCCCUCCGGCUCCCCUCUCCACAUCUUGGGCGACUGGGAGACCCACAAAGACCUGAGCGGCAGGCAUUUCUACUACAACCGGGCCAGCGGUGAGCGCACCUGGAAACCGCCGCGCACCCGGGACACCAGCAGCAGCACCAGCAGCAGCAUCAGAGGAGACAGCCAAGGCACCGCCGAGAGUGAGCCGCUGUCCUCAGAGGAGAACUGCCACAGCACCCACUCCAGUCAGUCUGACAGCCAGUAUGGAUCGCCCCCUAGAGGCUGGUCCGAGGAGCUGGACGAGCACGGACACACACUCUACGUCUCUGAAUACACACAGGAAAAGUGGAUAAAGCAUGUGGAUGAACAGGGCCGGCCCUACUAUUACAGUGCUGAUGGAUCCAGGUCAGAAUGGGAAUUGCCGAAGUACAACAUCUCCCCUCAGUCCGGCGAGGUUCCCAAGAGUCGCAGUCUAGAGAGGAAGCAGCAGGACCCCAUCGUACUCACCAAGUGGAGACACAGCACCUACGUUUUAGAUCUCAACGACAAGUUCUCUUUCAAACUCUGGAGGUUCGCUUCCGACCCUCACAAGAGGAAAUUCCGUCUCUCUCUUUACCGCGAUAAAGAGUGUGCUCCGGCGCCCAAGCAGAGCUCUCCAGACUCUGACUCCUGCCCCUCAUCUCCUAAGCACCCCUCGACCCCGUCGGAGAAGUGCGGAGUCCUCAAUGUCACAAAAAUCACAGAGAAUGGAAAGAAAGUCAGGAAGAACUGGACGUCCUCGUGGACGGUGCUGCAGGGUUCCUCUCUGCUCUUUGCAAAGGGUCAGGGCGGUAGCACUAGCUGGAAGUUCGGCAGCAACCAAUCGAAGCCGGAGUUUACCGUCGAUCUGCGUGGGGGUUCAGUGGAGUGGGCCUCCAAAGACAAGUCCAGCAAGAAGCACGUCAUCGAGCUGAAGACCCGUCAGGGGACAGAGCUGCUGAUCCAGUCAGAGAUUGACAGCGUCAUAAACGACUGGUACCGGGCCCUCACAGAGACCAUCAACACACACGCCUGGGAGUCAGAUGAAGCCAUCGAGGAGGAUAUGCCUGAGUCUCCAGGAGCUGAGAAACAGGACAAAGAGAAAGACCACCGGGACUCUAAGAAGAACAGAGUCAUGAAGACCUCUGUGAGCAUGGACUCAUCAGACCAGAAGAAAACCAGGUUGAAGCUGAAGAAGUUCCUGACACGUCGACCCACCUACCAGGCCGUCAGAGAUAAGGGUUACAUCAAAGAUCAGGUGUUUGGCUGCAGUCUGACCAGCCUGUGCCAGCGGGAGAACACAUCAGUUCCCAACUUCGUCACAAUGUGUAUCGACCACGUGGAGAACACAGGUCUCAGUAUUGACGGCUUGUACAGAGUGAGCGGGAACCUGGCAGUGAUACAGAAGCUCCGCUUUGCUGUGAAUCACGAUGAAAAGGUGGAUCUGAAUGACAGUAAGUGGGAGGACAUCCACGUCACCACCGGAGCUCUCAAGAUGUUCUUCAGGGAGCUUCCUGAGCCGCUCUUCUCAUACGGAUCCUUCAACGACUUCGUUAACGCCAUUAAAUGCUCCGACUACAAGCAGCGAGUGAAUUCAAUCAAAGACUUAAUCAAGAAGUUGCCAAAACCAAACCACGACACAAUGCAAAUGCUCUUCAAACACCUGCGGAGGGUGAUUGACCACGGAGAAGCCAACCGUAUGACCACCCAGAGCGUGGCCAUCGUGUUCGGACCCACGCUGCUCCGACCGGAGACCGAGACGGGCAACAUCGCGGUCCACAUGGUGUACCAGAACCAGAUAGUGGAGCUCAUACUGAUCGAAUACGAAAGCAUCUUCGGCAGGUAGAGGCGCCCGGCCGAGAAGAAGAAGAAGCGCCCAGGCUUUUUUUUUUUUUUUUUCCCCGAACACGAACUUCUUUUCCUUAUUUUAUUUUUUUUCUUCCCCCACCUUUUCUUUGACUGAACUGAACAUUGCUGUGGACCAAGCAGUUGGGAGAGAAAAAAAAAAUCACUCAUUGACAUAACAGUUUACAAAGGCGUGACAAGACGUUGCACUUAAAGAGUUUUACAGAUGAAUUUAAAAAAGGAAAGAAAAAAAACCAGGUGUACAGAUAUCACUUUUCAGUUGCCAUCCCUGCUGAGAGUUAGCAGGCCAGAAGACGGACAGUGUAGUUCAGAGUGAUGCCGUGGUGACGUCCGUGUGAUUUGGUGGAUUUUGAGUAUUCAGGUGUUUUUUCACAUACACUGGAUCCCCGUGGCCAGUAAAUUUAAAGCUUCGACCCCUUCGACAGCAACCUCAUGACCUCACCGAAGGAAUGAGCUGAAUCAGAACGUGGAUACCGUUUAUUUCUGUGUCGUGAAGCUUCGUCUGUGAUGUGUUUAAAGCCCCGUGUGGUUCUGGAUCGGGUGGGAAUAAAUAAUCAGUGUUACAUUAUAACGGACUGUGGUUUUUUGGCACUUGGAUGAACUGGAGCAAGAGUUAAAGAUUGUGCCCCCCCCCACACAUUCACCCCUCCCCCCUUUCAACCAGUGUUAACCAUUAACCCCACCCUGCGACAUGAGCGUCCCGUGACUAGAGUGGUGGAGGACAAACCUGUGUUUGUUUUUUGUGCGAGUGAAUUAACCUAAACGGAACAAAAAACCCUUCGUCUUUGCCACUUUGUACAAACUGUGUGUCGUGUAGUCUAAACGUGCUUUUUGGUAAAGUUUCCGUUAAAGCUGCCGGGGGGUCGUCGUCUGCGCUCCUUUUACGAACUCAACUUCUACGCUUCAGCGCCGGUGUCUCGAGCGGCACCGAGGUCCCGGUGUUACUGGAAGACAACAGUGGAUUUGCAGAGAGCUGCAACGUUAACCCAUUUCACAUGACUUGUUUCAGAGUGUUGGACUGGUGACCCUUCUCCUCAGCCUCUACUAAGCUAAUAUUAAAAGAGUAUUCAGAGAAGGGAGACGGUACUGAGAAUAUUUCAAAGGUUGACGUAUGGGAGUGUGUGAGUGUUAGAAUGCAAAGAAGAGCCUUUAAAAAACUGUUCAGAGCAAAUGUACAGUGACAGAAACUAGUUGUUCAAAAAAAAGUGUUAUAGUGACUGAGGUGUGUAUGCUUUGAUGGUGAACUUUUGAUUUUGUAAAUUUGAAUUAAAACAUGACAAAUACACAGAUUCCGAAAAAGAAAAAAAAACAACACAUGAUCGACUGUUACUUUUUGUUUUGAAGGUGUAUCUGGAGUGUUUGCGCAUGGUCAGCUGCACAUUUUGAAUGUAAUUUUCAGGCUAACUGCUGUUUGUGAAAUUGCUCUGUCUAAUAAAACAAAGACAAACUAAAA